UAAACAUGACGACUCCGGCCACCACCACCAUAAUCCUCCUCCUCUUCUCCGCCACCCUCAGCCUCAUGAUGGCGGACAUGUCAAUCAUCGAAAAUGAUAACAAUCAUCCCUCAAAAUCCAGAACCGACGAAGAAAUUAUGCAUAUUUACAAAAAGUGGAUGAUAGAGCAUGGAAAAGUCUACAACGGAAUUGAGGAAUCCGAAAAGCGUUUCAAAAUUUUUAAGGAUAAUUUGGUAUUCAUAGAUGCUCAUAACUCCGAGAACCGGACCUACAAGGUUGGAUUGAACGUGUUUGCCGAUCUAACCAAUGAAGAGUACCGAUCAUACUACCUCGGCAUGAAAUAUGAUGCCCAUCGCCAAUUUGUCCAGUCAAAGGUGGCCAGCCAAAGGUAUGCUGUGUCCUCAGAUGAAAUUCUACCGGAGUCGGUUGACUGGAGGACGGAAGGUGCCGUUUCAACAAUUAGGAACCAGGGAAAAUGCGCAAGUUGUUGGGCUUUCUCGGCGAUAGCAGCCGUGGAAGGAAUCAACAUGAUAAUGACAGGAGAGCUGAUUGAUUUGUCGGAGCAAGAACUUAUUGACUGCGACCGAACUAUCAAUCGCGGCUGCGCAGGCGGGGUCAUGAAUUACGCAUUCAGAUUCAUUACUAGAAACGGUGGUAUAGACACCCAGGAAGAUUAUCCUUAUCUAGAAGCCGAUGGCAAGUGCAAUGCCACUAAGGUGAAUACAAAGGUUGUGAGCAUAGACGGGUACGAAACUGUACCAUCCAACAACGAAAAUGAUUUAAAGAAAGCUGUCGCAUAUCAGCCCAUCAGUGUCGGCAUUGAAGCCUAUGGUUGGGCAUUCAAACUUUAUGUCUCGGGUAUUUUCACGGGAAGAUGCGGAACGUCGUUGGAUCAUGCAGUGGUGGUGGUGGGAUACGGAAGUGAGAACGGAGUUGAUUAUUGGAUAGUGAGGAAUUCAUGGGGAUCGAAUUGGGGUGAAAGUGGUUAUGUUAGGAUCAAGCGGAACAAUGUUGCUGGCGGUAUAGGAGCAGGGAAAUGCGGCAUAGCGAUGAUACCUUCUUAUCCCAUAAUUAACGAAUAUGCAGACGGCAGAGCAGGAGUCGUUAGUAGUGCCUCAAUAUAGGAAUUAAAAACUAGUAUCCAAUUUUAUAUGAUGAUUGCCUUCUAAGUUCAAAUAAGGUGG